AUGGACAUGUUGAAGCCGCUUGGUCCAUCUCGUGAACUCAUCGCCAGGCGAGCUGCGCACGCCCAGCCGGAAGCCCAUGCCCGAUCGGCCGCUGCUGCCGUGCACGCUGAGGAUGGCCGCGUCGAAGUGCAGUGGAGAGACGGCCGCACUAGCCCGUUUCACCAUACGUGGCUGCGCCACAACUGUCAGUGCCCCAAGUGCUUGGACAGCAGCUCGGGCCAGAAGCUCGUCUCCAUUCUCGACUUCCCGCCCCGCCCCGUGCCUCGCAGUGUCAGCCUUGAGAACGGCCAGGUGGUGGUGCGCUGGAAGGACGGGCACGUGAGCCCCUUCCCGCAGGACUUCCUGCGCCGCUACGCCUACGACCAGCAGUCCCGGCACGAGCGGCGGGCGAUGCGGCGCGCGGCGGUACCGUGGACGCCGGAGGUGCUCAUCUCCGAAUCCGUCGCGCUCGAGAUCGACUACGCCGACCUCAUGAACAAGGACGAAGCGGUGUGGCAGUGGCUGCAGCAGCUGCUCAAGUUCGGAUACUGCCUCAUCCGAGGCGUGCCGCAACAAGAGGGCGAAGUCGCGCGCGUGGCCCAGCGCAUGGGUCAGCUCCGGGACACGAUCUACGGGUUGACGUGGGAUGUGAAGAGCAUCGAGAACGCCGCCAACAUCGCCUACUCCUCACUUCCGAUUCCGCCGCACAUGGACCUCAUGUACGACGCCGUCUUGGGCUGUAGAUUCACCUACGCGCUCAGGUAUUAUGAGGUCCCGCCCGGCUACCAGUUCCUGCACUGCCUCAUCAACCAAGCCGAAGGCGGCGCCAACAUAUUCCUGGACACUAUGCAGGUGGCCAAGGUGCUGAAGGAGAGGGACGAGAAGGCAUUCCGCCUGCUCGCAACCACGCCCGCCACCUUCCACUACCAACGAUCCGGCCACCACUUGGUUCAGCGACGACCGAUCAUCGAGCUUGACCAGGAAACCGGUGACGCCAGCGCCUUCCGCUACGCGCCCACAUUCGAAGGGCCGUUGGACAUUGAGGGCGAGAAGGUGGAGGAGUACUAUGCGGCCUACCGGGAGCUGGUGCGGAUCAUCAACCAGGAGCCCGACCUCCAUCUCUGGCGGCGGCCCGAGGAGGGCGACCUCGUCUCCUUCGACAACCGUCGCAUCCUCCACGCCCGCACCGCCUUUUCCAACGGCAACCGCCAUCUCCAGGGCGCCUACGUGGACUGGGACGCCUUUUUGGAUCGCUAUCGGGUGCUCCAGAGCCAGUUUGCACCCAUGGCGGCCAUCCCUCAGUAG